UAUAUAUGACGUCAUUUCCUUGAGCGGCCUCUUUUCACCGUGCGGUCAGAACUUCCAUACGGCGUUGUUUCGUGCUCUCCCGUCUCUCGUAACGCAGGGAAAGCGGUCACGAUGUCCGGAGGUCUGGAUGUCCUUCAAAUGAAGGAGGAGGAUGUGCUGAAGUUCCUGGCUGCAGGAACCCAUCUGGGAGGCACCAACUUGGACUUCCAGAUGGAGCAGUAUGUCUACAAGAGAAAAAGCGACGGUGUGUACAUCAUUAACCUGAAGAAAACCUGGGAGAAGCUGCUGCUGGCUGCCAGGGCCAUAGUUGCCAUUGAAAACCCAGCUGAUGUUUGUGUCAUCUCCUCCAGGAACACAGGACAGAGAGCAGUGUUGAAGUUUGCCUCUGCCACCGGUUCUACCACCUUCCAUGGUCGUUUCACCCCUGGUACAUUCACCAAUCAAAUCCAAGCUGCUUUCAGAGAGCCCCGCCUCCUGAUUGUGACAGACCCUCGUGCUGAUCACCAGCCCCUUACAGAGGCCUCUUAUGUGAACAUCCCCACAAUUGCAUUGUGCAACACUGAUUCUCCACUUCGAUAUGUGGACAUUGCCAUCCCCUGUAACAACAAGGGUCACCACUCUGUGGGUCUGAUGUGGUGGAUGUUGGCACGUGAGGUUCUUAGAAUGAGAGGCACCAUUUCCAGAGAACACCCCUGGGAAGUCAUGCCUGAUCUGUACUUCUACAGAGAUCCUGAAGAGAUCGAGAAAGAGGAGCAGGCUGCUGCUGAGAAGGCUGUUGGAAAGGAGGAGUUCCAGGGUGAAUGGACUGCCCCUGCAGCUGAGUUUGCCCAGCCUGAGGUUGCUGAUUGGUCUGAGGGUGUUGCUGUGCCAUCUGUGCCCAUUCAGCAGUUCCCUGCAGGCACUCCAGCUGUGAAGCCUGAGGUCUACUCUGAGGACUGGAGCAAUCAGCCUGCCACUGAGGACUGGUCCACUGCUCCCACUGCUCAGGCCUCUGACUGGGGUGGUGCCACUUCUGACUGGUCUUAAAGUGCUAACUGGCAUAAAAUAAAGUUUCACAACAUUU